AUUGUAUUUGGGGGAACAUUGUUCUCUUCAAGGUCAAGCUUCAAAGAUUUCUAUAACAUGUAUCCGAAUCAAAGCCUGAUGUUCAAUGAGUUCCCACUUGAUCAACACACUCUUAGAGAUCUCAAUCGUCAUGAAAAAAGUUUAGGUCUCCUCACAGAAAAGUUUGUUCAGCUUCUCAAAGAAGCUCCAGAUGGAAUUUUGGACCUUAAAAUGGCAGCAGAUUUCUUGGCUGUGAGACAAAAAAGGAGAAUAUAUGAUAUUACGAAUGUUUUGGAAGGUAUCGGUCUAAUAGAAAAAAGGACCAAAAACAGUAUUCAGUGGAAAGGUGGGAGUGCAGCUACAAAUGGUCCUGAUAUUCAAGCUCGUCUCGAUGAACUUCAAGCAGAAGUUGAAUAUUUAGAAAAUUUAGAAAAAAAAGUUGAUGAACACCGAGGAAAAGUUUUGCAAUCAUUGAAGAAUGUUCAAGAAGAUUUAGAUAAUCUACAAUAUGCUUAUGUUACUCAUCAAGAUCUGAUUAAUAUUUUUCAAGAUCGUACAAUGUUGGUAAUACGUGCACCACCUGGAACUAGGUUGGAAGCACCUGUACCUGAAAAUCCUAUGGAACAACCUGUUCAAACGAUAUUCUCAUUGAAGCGUUCAUACAAAGUUCAUGUGAAAAGCUUUACAACACCGAUUCACGUUUUGUUGGUAAAUCAAGAAGAGGGUAGUGACAAGGCUCGUGUACUUCCGGUACCGGCGACCUCGGAUUCUAUUGCCCUCUCUCGUCGUCCAACUAUAAAACCUGAGGAAAAUGCGUUCGUGAGCCCAUUAUUACCCCUUAGUCCACCACCUAGCGAAUGUGAUUUUAACUACAGUCUGGAUGAUACCGAAGGUGUCUGCGAUUUGUUUGAUAUACCUGUUGUUCCUACAUCCACUAACUAACUGUACUAUUUUGUUAAAAGAAUGAAGCUUAUAUAAAUCUGUAAAAAGUUUA